GGCUGGGGAAUUUUUGUCUGCCUCUUUGCAGCUCCGAAUCUGGGGGACUUCACAUUCCUGCAAACACCAUGCUGGGACAAGACACAGGCCUUCCAAGCAUCUGCCUUCUGCUCCUCUUACCUGCCUUGGCCGCCUCUUGUCCCAGCCGCUGCUUGUGUUUCAGGACCACAGUAAGAUGCAUGCAUCUGAGGCUGGAAACCAUUCCUGAGGUCCCACCACAGACCAAUGUCCUGGACCUGCGUUUCAACCACAUCAGAGAAAUCCAGCCUGGAUCCUUCCGCAAUCUAAAGAACCUCAACACAUUACUUUUGAACAACAACCAAAUAAAGCACAUUGCCCGAGGGUCGUUUGAAGAACUUGAGAACCUGAAAUACCUCUACCUUUACAAGAAUGAAAUACAAAGCAUCCAGCAAAAUGCCUUCAAGGGACUCAGUUCCCUGGAACAGCUUUAUCUGCAUUUUAACAACCUUGACGCCUUGGAUCCAGAUACUUUUAGUGACCUGCCCAAGCUGGAACGACUCUUCUUGCACAACAAUCGGAUUUCCAGGAUCCAGCCAGGAGCCAUCGCCCGACUGGAAUCUCUGAAACGUCUGCGACUGGAUUCCAAUGCGCUGCUGUGCGACUGUGACCUGAUGUGGCUGGCGGAGCUGCUGAAUAAAUACGCCAUCCAGGGCAAUGCCCAGACUGCUGUCACCUGUGAGAACCCAAAGGAGCUGCAAGGUCGUUCCAUUGUCAGCUUGACCACACAAGAAUUUCACUGUGAGAGCCCUCGCAUCACAACGGAGCCUCAGAAUGUGGAUGUCACACUGGGCAACACCGUCUAUUUCAUCUGCCGGGCAGAAGGUAACCCAAAACCCAAGAUCAUCUGGCUCCACAACAACAAUGAAAUUGACAUGAGGGAGGACGGACGGCUGAACCUGCUACAGGAUGGAACCUUAAUGAUCCAAGACACCAGGGAGUCAGACAAAGGCAUCUAUCAGUGCAUGGCCAAGAAUAUUGCAGGCGAAGCCAAGACUCAGGAAGUUGUCCUACGCUAUUAUGGAAACCCAUCCAAGCCAAGCUUUGUGAUCCAGCCUCAGAAUACAGAGGUCCUGGUUGGAGGAAGUGUGACCCUAGAAUGCGGUGUCUCUGGGAACCCUCCUCCUCGUGUUAUUUGGGUGCUGAGCUCGGGGUCUCCUUUGCCGCAGGAUUCGCGCUUCACCAUCACCGGCUCCGGAGGCCUCUACAUCCAAAACGUCACCUUCUCUGACCAGGGGCAAUACAGCUGCAAUGCCAGUAACAGCGAAGGCUCCAUCCAGGCCACAGCAAACGUUAUAGUGCAAGAUACUCCAAAGUUUUUGGUCAUGCCUACAGAUCAGACUGUCACAGAAGGUCAAAGCGUGGACUUCCCAUGUUCUGCUGAAGGUCAUCCUCUGCCCGUAAUUGCCUGGACAAGAGCAGGUGGCCCAUUGCCAAGUGAUCGGAGACACAGCAUCCUUGCCACGGGUACCUUAAGGAUAGUCCGGGUUGCCCUUCACAACCAAGGCCAGUACGAGUGCCAUGCCAUCAGCGCAAUCGGUGUCCAAAGCGUCCCAGUCCAGCUCUGGGUGACUCCGCGAGUGAUUCCGGUGUUUCUCCAUCCUCCACAAGAUAUGGCAGCAGAGACUGGGCAAGACAUUGAGAUCCCAUGUGCUGCCCAGGGAGAUCCACAGCCCAUCAUCACAUGGGCCAAGGAAGGCAUUCAGAUCACAGAAAGUGGGAAAUUUCACAUCAGCCAAGAAGGGACCCUGUCUGUCAGAGACCUGGGAACAGCUGAUCAAGGGAAAUAUGAAUGUGUAGCCAGGAAUACCUUUGGGUUCACUUCCAGCACCAUGCAGCUGACAGUCAUUGCCACAAAUAUUGGCAGAAGUGGUGAUACAUUUGUAGCCACCUCGAUCCAGGAAGCCAUCAGCAGCGUGGACCACGCAAUCAAUUCUACGCGCACUGAACUGUUCAGCAAGCGGCCCAAAACUCCUAAUGAAUUGCUGGCCCUUUUCCGUUAUCCACGGGACCCAUACACGAUCGAAACAGCUCGGGCCGGAGAGAUCUUUGAGAGGACCUUGCAGCUGAUUCAGGAGCAUGUGCAGCAGGGGUUGGUAGUGGACAUGAAUGGAACAGGUUACCGCUACAACGAUCUGGUCUCCCCUCACUACCUCAACAUGAUUGCCAACCUGUCCGGCUGUUCCGCCCAUCGCCGCACACCCAACUGCUCCAAUAUCUGCUUUCACAAGAAGUACCGGACCCACGACGGCUCAUGUAAUAACCUCCAGCACCCCAUGUGGGGGGCGUCCCUCACGGCGUUCCAGCGUCUGCUCAAGCCAGCCUACCAGAACGGCUUCAACCUUCCCAGAGGCUUCUCUUUGGUGGAAGAGUCCGGAGAGCUCCCCCUUCCUCUGCCUCGCUUGGUCUCCACUGCUAUGAUCGGGACGGAGAUCAUUACACCCGACGACCAGUUCACUCACAUGCUGAUGCAGUGGGGCCAGUUCCUGGACCAUGACCUUGACCAGACUGUGGCCGCCAUCAGCAUGGCCCGGUUCUCCGAUGGAGAGUCUUGCAGCCAGGUGUGCACCAAUGACCCUCCUUGCUUCUCCAUCAUGAUCCCAGAGAACGACCCACGGGUGAGGAACGGGCGCUGCAUGUUCUUUGUCCGUUCCAGCCCUGUGUGUGGCAGUGGGAUGACCUCCCUGCUGAUGAACUCCGUCUAUGCCCGAGAGCAAAUCAACCACCUCACCUCCUUCAUCGAUGCCUCCAAUGUCUACGGCAGCACAGAACACGAGUCAUUGGAACUCAGGGACCUCAGCAACCAGAAGGGUCUCCUGAAGGAAGGCCAAGUGGUUCCAAGUUCUGGUAAACCCCUCCUUCCCUUUGCGGUGGGCCCCCCAACUGAAUGCAUGCGGGAUGAGAGCGAGAGCCCUGUGCCAUGCUUCCUAGCAGGUGACCACCGGGCCAACGAGCAGCUGGCCCUGACCUCCAUGCACACGCUGUGGUUUCGUGAGCACAACCGUGUGGCCAGAAAGCUCCUGGUUCUGAAUCCACACUGGGAUGGGGACACCGUCUACCACGAAGCACGCAAAUUUGUGGGGGCCCAGAUGCAGCACAUCACCUACUCCCAUUGGCUACCCAAGAUACUUGGGGAAGCUGGCAUGAAGAUCUUAGGAGAGUAUAGAGGCUAUGAACCCAACACCAACCCGGGCAUCCUGAAUGCCUUUGCUACUGCCGCUUUCCGUUUCGGCCACACCCUCAUCAAUCCUCUUCUCUACCGGCUCAAUGAAACAUUCCAGCCCAUCCGACAAGGACAUGUCCCACUCCAUAAAGCCUUCUUCUCACCUUUCAGGAUCAUACAAGAGGGGGGCAUUGACCCUCUUCUCCGGGGGCUCUUUGGGGUCCCUGGGAAAAUGCGGGUACCGUCUGAACUCUUGAACAUGGAGCUGACAGAGAAGCUCUUCUCCAUGGCCCACUCUGUCUCACUGGACUUGGCGGCCAUCAACAUCCAGCGGGGACGUGAUCAUGGCAUCCCGCCUUACAACGAUUUCCGAGUAUUCUGCAACCUCACGUCUGCGCAGGAGUUCGAUGACCUCAAGAAUGAGAUUAAGAACCUGGAGAUCAGGGAAAAGCUCAGGAGUUUAUAUGGAAUUACAAAAAACAUUGACCUCUUUCCUGCACUUAUGGUGGAAGACCUUGUUCCUGGGACCAGAGUUGGGCCAACUCUCAUGUGUUUGCUAGUGACCCAGUUUAGAAGACUCCGAGAUGGAGACAGGUUUUGGUAUGAGAAUCCAGGCAUGUUCACCCCGGCCCAACUUACUCAGAUAAGGCAGACAUCCGUGGCCCGCAUCAUCUGUGACAACAGCGACCACAUCCAGCAGCUUCCAAAGGAUGUGUUCCGGGUUGCCUCCUAUCCACAGGGCAUGGUGAGCUGUGAUGAUAUACCAGAAGUGGAUCUACGCAUGUGGCAGGACUGCUGUGAAGACUGCAGGACAAGGGGGCAAUUCAGGGCUCUCUCGCAGCAUUUCCGAAACAAGCGAUCGUCCGGCUUCAGCUAUCCAGAAGAAAACCCUUCCAACUCCAAGCCUGGUGAUCCAAGGAUGGAAGUACUAUCUCAGAAUCACCCCCCAGAAGAGGAUGUUGAGGAUUUGGUGAAGGAACUAGGAAAAAUCAUAUCUUCUCUUCGGAAGCAGGUCAGUGGCUUGGAAAGAGAAAUGAGAAAGCAACAGAGAAGGACUGCAGCCAAGUAUGGUGAUCAGCAGAAGAACGGAGAAAAGUGGAGCAAAAGAUGACCCAUUCUGCAUGCUAUUUCAGGCAAUCGCCAGCAGGCUGCAUUUGAUGUUUCCUACCAAGCAAAGCCUGUUUCACUCCAAGGGAAGCCAGAAGCAACAAGCAUCACCAUCCAGGCUCCACUGAAUCCUGGGUAUGCCUUUUGUAGGCGACUGCAUUUCUACGAACCCUCCACAAAUGUCUCAGACUUCUACGAAUGGUUUACUCUGCACCCUACACUGUCCUGCUUUGCAUAGUGAUUUAUUUCCCACCCAUGAUCUUCCCUGAAAAAGAGGCCAGUCUACCCACAGCACUGGUUUCAGAACAGUAGCCACUACUUCAGAAUAAGCCUGUCAUACUUCUAGAAGGCUUCCUUCAUCAUCACCGCCUUUUGCAAGCAAACUUGGCAACUCAGCAGACCCUGUUGAACAGUACCAUCAUCUCUGAAAGCCAAACACCCACCUGAGAUCCAAGCAAACCCAGCUGCAUCUCAGCAAACUUCCAAAUCAGCAAAAAUGUACAAGUCUGCAGGCCAAGAGCCUUUGGCUGUGGCAUAUAAGAAGGAGGGCACAUCUGUUGGAACCAGCCCCUGCCAUACCUAGUGUGCAAAUGCCUGUCUUGGAAAACAAAGCCAGAAAUGAAGAUUGACUGUACUUUCCCUUAGGCCACUGCGCUUCACCAGUCAUCGUUCUAAAGCUACAGGAAACUUGAAACAAACACCUGGCUGGGUGGACCCAUUUGUUGCUACCUUGAGCUGAUGGUGACCUUAUCUUCUCCUUGAAGCUGUGCUUUCCAAGUUGCUUCUGUUCUUUCCACAGUAGAUAUUUUCCACCGCUAUGAUUCUAGGCCACUUUUAAGAACAUGAUACAUGGAAAACACAAUACCUGUUGCAAUGAACCACUGGAUAAUGAGCAAGAUUCCUGUUAAGGAACACCGUCACAGGCUGUUCUUGGAAACACAAAUCAAGUUUGGACCAAUGUUUAGGUCCAACUAGUUUCCCUUGCCUUGGCCUACUUGCAUGCAAAUUGAUUAGAAAGCCAAAGGGGAAAGCAUUUAAAGACAGAGGUUUCCUUUCUCCCAUUGGAGAAGGUUAGCUUCUUCCAUAUUGCAGUCAUAGCCAAAGUGCAAGGAUAGGAAGCUCCUAUAGUAACACAUCCAAUGUGACUUACAGAAACGGACUGAAAUCUUGAAGCUGUAGUGCAGUGGUUCUCAAGCUGUGGGUCCCCAGAUGUUUUGGCCUUCAACUCUCAAAAAUCCUAACAGCUGGUAAACUGGCUGGGAUUUCUGGGAGUUGUAGGUCAAAACACCUGGGGACCCACAGGUUGAGAACUACUGAAUAGUGGUUUGCAAAAAGGAACCCUGAGAAUGAUAGUUCUGCAAGGAGCUGUGGUUCUCAAACAUAACUUCAAAAUUAGUUUUUAUGAAUGUUGUGGGGAAGCUCAUAACUAUAACAAAUGGUUAUUGUUUCUAUAGCAUAGAUAUUACUUCAAGGGCAGGCCAUGCCUUGCUGUCCUUGAACCAGACUUAAUUAUGUCAGUCUAUAUUUGGCAAUCCUCUGUAUUUCUUACCCCCACUAUUUGGGUGUCAUUUAUGGUGCUCUUUUUAUUUUGAGGUGCUUUUAAAAGAAAUUAGGAAUAAUGGUGCUAUGUUGUAUCUCAUGCCAGUUUAUUAUGAUCCAAAUAAUUCUUGUGUGCCAUUGCCUUUGAUUCUUGAUAUAAGGGAAUUUGAAAUGUAGGUGCUAAUUUUCUUACAUUUGCUAAUUAAUUAUCCAUUUUUCCUUUCCUACCCAACAUACACAUUCUUCCCGUGUACCUUUUCCUGUAAUGGAAGAGAAAGGUGGUUUUUCUUUUGUUCACCAACAACACUUGGUUCUACUAAUGGAUAAAGUGGGCAUUUUGCCAAUUUUAGGCAAUGUUGUCAACUGAUUCUUCAGUUGCUUGCAAACUAGCCAGUAGCAGAAAUUCCACUUUUUAUGGAGAACAUAGGCCAUAUUGUAGCAAACCCAUGACAUUCCCAUCCUUGCUGUCCUGUUUUAUUUUUCAGACUUGAUUUGUGGUGAGAUUAUAUGUGGAAGCAAGGAAAAUAACGUAAAUAGCAGUGCAGACUGAAAAACAUGACCCAGCAUGAUAUUACUGAGGCUUAAGAGACCCUGUGUCUAUAAUUAGUAGCUUCCUGUUCCACACUGAGCAAAAUAACGUGAUUUGGAAAUUAAAAAGGAGAGAACAUGUUAAUUAAAGCUCCCCUUUGUACGAUAUAGCACUUAAUUAAUGAGUAGAUGAGGAUGUUUAUCAGUUACAUUUCUGCCUUGCUGAAAGGGACAACAGGUACUGAAGGUGAAGGAAGGAAGGUGUUAAUUCACUUUGCAGAGGAGCAUUAUGGAACAGGGCCCGAUUUUGAAUACAAGAACUGACCCACAGCCACUGCAGAAGAAAUAAGAAUAAAGAAAAAGGGAGAAGUCUCUUUCCACACACUUUGUCAAUACAGAGUUUGAGAGGAUAUAUGACCAGGACCAAAAAAAUGGGGGGUGCCAAUAGGAUUUCCACACAUGGACCACAUAUAACCUAUGGGAUUCACAAUUCCCACCCUGUUCUACUCUGUUUGCACAUAAUUAUUUGUUGUUACGCACAUUGGGAUUUUUGUUUAGUAUAGGGUUUUGCUCAAGAGCCUGUAAUGUAACUUUUGGGACUCAUUUCUACAGCUCGUCAUUGACGCCAUUUCUGUCGGAAAUUGUGUUCAAAUACCUUAAAAGAAAGGGAGGGAUGCUGGCAGCUGACAAAAAAAAAUCAAUUUCUUAGUUUCAAUAUUGUUAGAAAUAAAACAUUUUUAAAAAAAUCA